AGCGAGCCCUAGCACCGCCACCGCCGCCUCCUCUCUCCUUCUCCAGGGCUUCAGACACAAAAGCUUCUGCCAGAGGGUUCCAGCGGAGCUGCCCUCGCGAGCACAGCGGCGGAGACAUGAAGAUCAAAGAUGCCAAGAAACCAUCUUUUCCAUGGUUUGGCAUGGACAUUGGGGGAACCUUAGUAAAACUCGCAUACUUUGAACCAAUUGAUAUUACUGCCGAAGAAGAGCAGGAAGAAGUUGAAAGCCUGAAGAGUAUUCGCAAAUAUUUGACAUCAAAUGUAGCCUACGGAUCCACUGGUAUUCGGGACGUCCACCUUGAACUCAAGGACUUGAUACUCUUUGGGCGAAAGGGAAAUUUACACUUUAUCCGAUUCCCAACCCAUGAUUUGCCUACCUUUAUUCAAAUGGGAAGAAAUAAAAACUUCUCGACGCUGCAUACGGUGCUCUGUGCCACUGGUGGUGGUGCCUAUAAGUUCGAAGAAGAUUUUCGCACAAUUGGAGAUCUACAGCUGCACAAACUGGACGAACUUGACUGCCUUGUCAAAGGCUUGUUGUAUAUAGAUUCUGUCAGUUUUAAUGGCCAGGCGGAGUGCUACUAUUUUGAAAAUGCAUCAGAACCUGAAAGAUGCCAGAAGAUGCCUUUCAACCUGGAUGAUCCGUACCCGUUGCUGGUUGUAAACAUUGGUUCAGGAGUCAGUAUUUUAGCUGUCCAUUCCAAAGACAAUUAUAAAAGAGUAACUGGAACAAGUCUAGGUGGUGGGACCUUUCUUGGCUUGUGCAGUCUACUGACUGGAUGUGAAAGCUUUGAAGAAGCUCUAGAAAUGGCAUCCAAGGGAGACAGCACACAUGCUGACAAGCUAGUCCGAGAUAUUUAUGGAGGAGACUAUGAACGGUUUGGCUUGCCAGGGUGGGCAGUGGCAUCUAGUUUUGGGAAUAUGAUCUACAAGGACAAACGGGAAUCUGUCAGUAAAGAAGACCUGGCAAGAGCGACAUUGGUUACUAUUACCAAUAACAUCGGAUCUAUAGCUCGAAUGUGUGCUGUAAAUGAGAAAAUAAACCGCGUUGUCUUUGUUGGUAACUUUUUACGUGUGAAUACGUUGUCGAUGAAGCUGUUGGCAUAUGCACUGGAUUACUGGUCCAAAGGCCAAUUGAAGGCGUUGUUCCUAGAACAUGAGGGGUACUUUGGAGCAGUUGGUGCCCUGCUUGGAUUGCCAAAUUUCAGCUGAAGCUCAAAGCAUCACAAUUCUGAAUUGUUCCCUACCUUUCUGGCAUUAUUACAACACUGUUUUGUUUUGUUUUAAUAUCAAUUGGAACCAAAGUGGGGAAGGGCCACAGUCUUUCUAUAAAUGUCUUUAACUGUAAGAAUUCUCAUCUGUCUCAUGGAGGCAGAAUUUGAAAUCUGGGUGUUUCUGUAGAAGCAGCUAGUGGUUUUCGUGGAUGGCAUCCUCUAACAAAUACUAAAUUUUCAGUUUGCAGUACAGCCUCUGAAAAAUGAGCCUCUAACUCAGAAUUGGGAUAUUUGUCUUAGCUGUUCAAACUCUGCAAUGCUAAUCUAAACUUGCUUCGAAAAUUCCUCUUAAGGCUAUUUGAUCACAUCUAGUUCUGCAGGUCUAAUUAUAGCCUUAUACUCAAAAAUUCAUUUGAGCGAUAUUUUUUCAUCAGCUCCAACGUUGACCCAUAGCCAUAUCCAAGUGCCAUCUACUGAAAAUAAAUAAAGAAAAUAAAUAGGAUUUUCUUUCAGAGCAAGGAGAUUACAAUGCAUUGAUGUACUUAAUUCAAACUUUCCAGUAUUAAGUUUCCCAAAAAUUAAAAGUAAAAAAGCAUCAGCAAAGACAUUUUACAAUUGAUUUACUGUGUGAUAAGCAAAUGAAUCCAUGUAUGUACAAACUACUAACUGCAUUAUCAGGUUUUAUUAAGCUCCGUGGUAUCCUAGUUCAUUUACAAUGCAAUCCUAUACGUAUUUACUCAGAAGUAAGACCCACUGAGUUCAAUGGGGCCUACUCCCAGGUAAGUGGGUAUAGGAUCGCAGCCUUAAUGGUUAACUGUGUAGGAUUUUCAGUCAGACCUGAAAGGAUUUUAAAGGGUUGACAAAUACAAAAAAUAUCUAUAUCUCAGAAUCACCCAUUUCUAUAAAAAUGUGCCAGCAGGUGUGACUGAGAUCAUAACAGCAAUAGUGUUACAGUUGUUGGAUUGCCAGAUCUGUUGAGAUGCCUGUUAUGCAUCUCAACGUAAACACAUUCAUGAGUUGAGCAAAUGGAGUGUGUGUUGACCCAAAAUGUGAUAUUGGGGGCAAGUUUGUGUCUUAAGCAACCAUGGCAGCUUUAGAGGUUGUACUGCACAGUCAAAAAGUCCUGCGUUUAUUGUACUCUGAUAACUGUUCCCAAUAUUGCAACAGUGUGGCCUUGAGAUAAACUCCACGUAUUGGGGCUACUCCUAUAUUUUGACUGUCUGCUGUUUCAGACUUGAUUGUAAAAGUUUACAAUAGUGGCAUAUUAGUAGAUUGCUGCAGCAAAGCUUACCGUAAGACCUCAGAAAAAAAUUAAUCAUCUCAGAAAAGAAACUUUCUAUGCACAGGGAGGGAUGUAUCAAUGUAUUCUGAAGGAAUAUGAAGUUCUCCAAUCCAUGAAUUAAGUUUUCUAUAGGGGAAUCUACCACUCUGGUUAAGGCUCACAGAGCUCAAGACUAGUGCUUGAUUUACUUGAUCAAAUUGAUAUGAUUUUGGCAGAUUGAUAUUUUAUACAGCAAUAUCUGUAUGGAUAAUGUAUCUCCAGAUAUCUAGGGUGUGUGGCUUUUGCCUUUUUUAAAAAAUUCAAUUUCAUAUAACUACAUAAUUUGCGUGCUCAGUAGCAGCCAUUAGUAUUUAACUCAAAAUCAUGUUGACAUCACUUGUGCUGACCACCUAAAUGCUAUUUUCCACUCUUAGAACUCAAACAUGAGUGAACUCUUUACAGCACAAAGCAAUGGCCAGAGAGUUUUAGGUAUUCCACUGGUCCCCUGUUGAGGCAACGGCCAGAAAAUGCAGCCCGAGCAAAGUGUCUUGUUAUUGAGACCCUGUACUUGAGUAUUUUGAGCCCAUUGUUGUGGUUUCUAAUAAUGAAUACAGUAUAAUAAUGAAUUCAUAAAUAGUCACAUGGAAGUAACGGUUUGCCAUUAAAAAAACUUACAGAUGUCAGGCCUGUCUUUCAGUUCAUAUAUAUAUAUUAUCAAUUGUGAUUAAUACUUUUCAGGACAUACCCUUGGCGGGAUGAGAAUGGUCUAGAGUAGUUCUCUGUAUUGGUUGCCAUUCAAAACUGAACGUGAUUAAGAGAUCAGAAACACCCCUUGAAAAUCUUAGUCAAUCCCAGAGUCCUCCCACUGCAGAGGUUUCUGCAGAGGCUUCAACUAUGAGGUCUGAACCUCGUUGGGGGUUGGGGAAGAGCUAUAAUGAGGGUGUGGCAGUGGAUGAGAAAGGAGAAGAUGUGGAUUCACUGGAUUUCUGGCCCCCAAUCACAUCCCAAACACAGGGAAACAUUUAAACCAGUGCCAGGGUUGAUAAAAAUGAAUUCCUUCCCAUUGCUUGCAACGGGAGGGGAUUUUUUUGCUAAGGAUCUCCAGCAGGGCUUUGGAUAGAUUGGACGUUCCAAUAUCACAGUGCUCCUUUCUUUGGGUUCCUUCCCUUCAGGAUUGCUCUCUAAGAGAACUUCCAGAUGAGGGUUUUAUUGUGCAAUCUUCCUGCCUCUUUCAUGCAACUUUAUUGUGGGGAGGGUGAAAGGGGUUUCCAGGCUUCUUCCGACUGCUUUUCUUACCAUGAAAAGAAAUUUGUUAAGCAGGAAAAGGUGGAAUAGCUGCUUAAUGCCUUUUGAUUGGUAGGGCUAGGAACCCUCCAUCUGGAAGCAUCUUAAAACAACUGGAUGGCUAUCAUUUAGUCCCUAGGCAAAUACACUUCAAGAAGACCUUUGCUAUAGUACUGAGAAAUACAGUAUAUCCCACUGCAACUGGAAUAAAUAGCCCAAAUACAGGUAUGGAAUCAUCUUUUUAGUGGUUUGAUCUCAUGCUACAGCAACGUUAGAAAAUCCAGUUCUUCAUAUAUGGGUCAUGUUGCUAGAGGUUUCUUUUAACCUAUGGGAAAAGCUUCUCUGGCUUUCUUCGGGUUGGCAGAGAGCAAGGUUUGUUUGUUUUUUGCAAAUAUAUGGAUAUCUAGGAUUGGUCUCAACUUUCUGGGGAGAGGGAGGAACCACUUGCUGGGUAAGAAGAGGCACAUUUCCUUCUCCCCUAAUUAAGGAAAGGAAUAGAGGUUGUGAGUGUAGUGGCUCUUAAGUCCAGCAGUCACAUGAGUGCCUUAAAUGUCUUUCUGUAGUUUCAGCCACAGUUUGAUAUAAGACUAUUCCUGGCUUUGGAUAGUGGCAGAUCAUUGGUACCUGUAGAUUAGUUUAAAAUUGACCCAGAUAGGCCUUUGGAAAAUUAGAGAUUUUCCAUCAUUUUUCUCAUUGUAAUUUUUAAAUCACAUAGUUUUGAGUGCUUUUUUUAUUGCAAUACAAUAUGUAGCCCUGGGUAUAAUAUAUAGCAUUUCCCCCCAAAUAAGAGAACUUUUUAACUAGGUAAUUUCAUCUCUUAAUAAGCCAAGCUAUUUUCAUAGUAUGUAAAAACUUGCAAAAGUUUUCAUUAUCUAUUACGUUAAGGUGCAUUUGGAUAAGACUUCUCAUCUAUAGCUUCUUCCCUCCCAGACCAUAAAACUAGGGAAUUAAUGGACCGUAUAAUAGAUCCCCCCCCCCCCGGCGUUCUUUUGUGUAUUGUCAUGCACAUUUUGUUUAAAGCAAUAUUCCAUGAAAAAGGUGGUAGUGUAAGGACCAGUUCACUUUUUCUCAUUGUUUUUGUCAUUUGUGUUACGCUUUCAAGUGGCUAACGAGUCUCAUGACCCUGUCAAUGUGUUAUACUGUCUCUGUGCCAUUGAGGUUGGUUGUAUGUGACCCUGCUGAAUGUCACUGAUUAAGUGGAUUAAGACCUAAUACAUUGGUCUUUUCUAAUUGUAUUGCUGCUUAAAUUUUUACUAGCAAGAGCAACUCUUGUAGCUAUUCGCAAAUUCUGUGUACCUUUGUAUCUUUCUAUCAGCAUGUGGAAAAGUUAGGCAGCCGUCUUUACUAUAUACUAGCAACAUCUACUAAAGUUAGAAAACCUUAGGUAUCUAAAGUUCAGCCAAACAGUUGAUCCAGUGUCCCUUCAACCUUUCGGAGUAUUUCUUUGGACUGCCUUACACAUGGUAGUAGAAAAUACUUAUUAAAAGUUUAGCAUGUUUUAACUCUAGCAUGAGGUGGAUGUACAUCUUUCCCACCAGCACCACCACACAUGUGCUGAUACCUCUUGUGACCUCCCUGCAGCAUGGUUUCAUGGUGUAGAGGUGUGAGUAUGUGGAUGGGAAAUGUAGUCUUUAUGGGACAGAAGCAGCUACAUGCUAAAUUUCAACGUGCACCUUCUACAGUAAUGUGUAAAGCAGUCCUCCAAAGGAAGUCUCUGAAUAUUUUCAAGUGCUUGUACUGAGAGCAAACUUCUGUUGCUUAAACAUUAAUAAAUUGGACUCAUUUAACUUCCUAAAAACCCAUGCCUCGUUGCUUUGUAAAUAGUGCAUUCUAUCAAUAAAACUCCGUGAACUGAAUAUCUAUUAGAUAAAGUAGAUGACGUAACAUAGAAUCUUCAGUGGUAGAUCAAAAUAUGUUUCUAAUUGGAUACUUGUGUUUUUAGGAGAGAGCAUUUUUGCUGCUGAAGUGAAAUGACAGAAUGUUGCACGGACUGGAAUCAUUUUUUUAAAAAGUAGAGGUUUCAGGGGUUGUGAAUCGAAUGCAGUAUGCCAUUAAAAGAUUAGCACCCCUUUUCAUUACUAUUCCAGUGAGCUACAAUAAGCGUUGAUCUUAAUGAACUUAACUAUAAAACUUGGAGAUAACAGAAAUAUGAUACUCAAUUCUUUUAUUAAAAAAACGCCUGUGUUAAUAAGCAGGUUGGAAUAAAAGGCUUAAAAUAUUAGUGUCAACUUACUUUUUAUGCCUUUAUGAGAUAAUGUGAAGCUUGCAAAUAGGAGCACACAUAUUACAAGUUUUCUGAUGGGGGAGGGGCAAAUAAGAUGCCUUAAUUCAGACGUGAUCUCUACUUAAUUGUUGUCAAUGGAGUUAAGUCCUAGAAUACAUUGUGGUAGGGUAUAGGUUUCCCAAAUCCUAAUUCCAAAGAGUGUUCGUGUUGUCAACUGUACAGUGAGAUUAGGAAACCUGCAAGCAAACAUUCUCCUAGGUCUGUUUCUCCCCCCCCCCCUUAAUUUGUGAGUCAUGGCAAGCGGACAUAAAAUAUGCAUCAUGGUAAAUUGUGAGUAGUCACAUGAAUCUGACAUGCAUGCAGCUGAAAAUAUUUGCGAAAUGUAUGUUGGUCACAAAUCCUAAUCCUACACAAGUCACAAAGGUAAGCAUCUUUUAAGAGCAUUGCUGCAUACUUUGUGCAUGGGAAUAGUAACUUCAAAAGUUGUCAAUGGGGUGCCUCCAUUAUGUAAACACUAGAAAAUACAGUGGAACUUAAUACUAAGAACAGUGGCUUUGUGUUCUCUUGCCAUGGAAUGGUUAUGCCUGCAAUUUAAUCCUUAUCCUGCUCACUAAGACAGAUAAAGUAGGCUGCUUUGAUGGGAUAGGAAGAUGGCAGGUCAAUUUAGUGACCUAUUUUUGGACAUAACACUAAACCAUACUUAAGUGUUUUAUGAUAGAGGAAAAGUGAGCAUUGGAUUUUUGCACUCCCACCUCCAGCAAGCUGUGAAGAGAUCUGUUCCUGCUUUAAGCUUACUGGAGGGAUUUUGUGUCUAAACUGUGGUGUCGGGAUUGACUCUGGUUUGUUAACAAGGAAGGGUCAUAAGUCAUGUUUGAUUGUGGGUUGUUUCAAUAAAACCAAUUUUAAGCUAACUGGAGGCUGGAACAACAACACACAUACCCCACUCCUUUCGUUCAGACAUAAGGAUAUACUGGUUAGUUUAAGAAAGGAAGUGGAUGCUUCUGAUCUUGAGCAGUGCCAGGGAAGUGGGGCAUACAACCCCACGAUUCAUUCAUAUAAUUGUAAACCGUGGUUUACAGUUACAUUGAAACCAGCCAGUAUAUUGCUGUUACUCCUUAAUAGUAAGCCAGACUAGGGUAUGGGGGAGAAAUUGUAAAACAAUCACUGUUUAAAGUCUGAUACUUUACAGAUGGACAUUUCAUCGAACUGUAAUUACGUCUCAUGGGCUUAUCUCAAACUGUUAUACCUGGACAAAAAAAUCAUUAAAGCCAAGGGUUUGUCAUGAAAUUGGCUUUUUAUUAAACAGACUGCGAUUGAAUACAUGUGCUAUGAAAUUUCCAGAAUUUCAAAAACAACUGUUAAAUUUGUGUAUUGCUUGAUGUAUCUGUGUGUUGAUUGAAAUUUGAUUGACACAAACCUAUGUUGAGUGCAACCAUGAUACUGUUCAUUUUUAUUUGUAUUGUGAGUACAAUAUUACAAAAUUUCUAACAUUUUAGAUAAAACUUUCCAUAAUACUAACUGACAAAUGUGGACAGAGCUCUCUGGAAUCAGGAAUAAAUAAAUAAAUUUCACUUCAGCAUUAGAUGUUGAUGCAUUUUAAGCAAUAGUUACAUUCUGAAGCUUAUUAGCUUUAUGUUCAAUCAUUACAAAAAGAUUUUUACAAAAUAAGGUUUUGUAGAUGGGGAAGUUUCAAUAAACAGUACACUUUGAUAUUCACACUGAUAGGAAUUAGUUAGGAAAUACUUCAUUCACCUGUUAAUGGCAAAGUUGGCAUUUUAACUUGUUUUUAAACUUCUAAAAGACCAAAUUGUACUUGUAAUCUUUGAUUCUACAGCAAAUUCAUAUUCUACAAAAAACAGUGUGCAUAUAACAUUUACCAUAACAGCCAUUUCAGAUAAGUUGCCUUACUCUGUUGCAGUGAACUUAUUGUCUCCACUGUUUACUAUUCUGACAAUGAAGUUGGUGUAAAAAUGUAUGUUUUUGCAAAUUUAAUUUCAUAGUUGCUAAAUUAUUUAAUGCAUCUCUUGUAAAUUGUUUAAUUUAUUUUCACCAUUGAUGCUCUCCUGUAUCAUUUUCCAAACGAUAUAAGCUGUAUUGUAAUCAUUCCCAUCAGAACUGUAUAAAAAUUCUUUACUGUGCUUGCAUGAGUAAAUGUGAACUUUAAUUUUGUUGUAUGAUGAGCUUUUUGUGUUUUCCUAGUUUUCCUAUUGUUCUGUAUGAAUGAACAGAACUUUUGACUUUUUUCUAAAUAAAUACCAAUGAUUGGUUCUCUCUCCCAUA